AUGAACGUUUUUGACGAGAUAUUGCAACCCACUGUGGUUAAUAAAUGCUUACAUGGGAAUUUUACGUCAGCGGAAAGGGAAGAAUACGUUGUUGCAAGAACCAAUGUUCUCUCUGUAUUCAGGGUCUCGCGAGCACAAAAGCUUGUACUUGCAUAUGAAUGGAAACUAGCAGGUAAAAUCAUAGAUAUGCAAUUACUGCCCCAAAUUGGAUCGCCUCUUAAGAUGCUUGCAAUACUUUCGUCGAAAUCCAAAGUAUCGUUGGUAAGGUUUGACCCAGUGGCAGAGAGUCUUGAAACACUAAGUCUGCAUUAUUAUCACGACAAAUUUGUCAAUUUAAGCACUUCUUCUUUGAAGACGGAGUCCAUUAUGGCAGUGGAUCCAUUGUUUAGAUGUCUUCUGGUUUUUAAUGAAGAUGUUUUAGCUAUAUUGCCAUUGAAACUGAACACAGAAGAUAUGGAAAUUGAUGAGGAUGAGAACGGAAUAAAAGAGCCAAUGGCUAAACGCUUAAAAAGGAACCAAGGAAUCACAUCCGAUAGUAUAAUAAUGCCAAUUUCUAGCCUUCACAAGAGUCUCAAGCAUGUCUAUGAUAUAAAAUGGUUAAAUAAUUUCAGCAAGCCAACUGUGGGAAUAUUAUAUCAACCGGUACUUGCGUGGUGUGGAAAUGAAAAAGUACUUGGAAAUACUAUGAGGUACAUGGUUUUGAGUUUAGAUGUCGAAGAUGAAAAAACCACCGUGAUUGCUGAGCUUGCAGAUCUUCCGAACGACCUGCACACCUUGGUUCCACUGAAGAGGGGAUAUGUGUUGAUUGGUGUCAAUGAAUUAUUAUAUAUCAGUGCAUCUGGUGCACUACAAUCGUGCAUACGAUUGAACACAUUUGCAACGUCUUCAAUCAAUACAAGGAUAACUGAUAAUUCUGACAUGAAUAUCUUUCUAUCAAAGAGUUCAAUAUAUUUCUAUAAAGCUUUGAAAAGACAUGAUUUGCUUAUUUUGAUAGAUGAAAACUGCAGGAUGUACAACAUUAUUACAGAAUCAGAGGGUAAUCUACUUACCAAAUUUGACUGUGUACAAGUACCGAUUGUUAACGAGAUCUUCAAAAAUUCAAGAUUGCCGUUGUCGGUAUGUGGUGAUCUCAACUUAGAAACUGGCAGAGUUCUUAUAGGUUUUCUCUCAGGUGAUGCAAUGUUUCUGCAACUUAAAAACUUGAAAGUGGCAUUUGCAGCAAAACGACAACUUGUUGAAACUGUUGAUGACGAUGACGAUGAAUACAGUGCACUUUAUGGAGAGUCUCAAAAUAAUACUCACACCAGAAUCGUCGAAACACAAGAGCCUUUCGAUAUAUCAUUGUUGGACUCCAUUUUCAAUAUCGGUCCUCUAACAUCUCUUACUAUUGGUAAGGUCGCAUCUGUUGAACCAACUAUUCAGAGACUUCCCAAUCCUAACAAAGAUGAAUUCUCAAUUGUAGCUACAUCUGGAGUUGGGAGGGGAUCUCACCUCACUGCAUUGCAUUCCACUGUCCAGCCCCACAUAGAACAAGCCUUAAAAUUCACAAGUGCGACCCGUAUCUGGAAUUUGAAAAUAAAGGGAAAAGACAAGUAUCUUGUGACUACAGACGCUGAUAAAGAGAAAAGUGAUGUAUAUCAGAUUGAUAGAAAUUUUGAACCUUUUAGGGCGCAAGAUUUUAGAAAAGACAGCAGAACCAUCGGCAUGGAAACUAUGGACGACGAUAAACGUAUUUUACAGGUAACUUCAGGAGGAUUAUAUCUAUUUGAUGUUGACUUUAAGAGGUUAGCAAGAUUAACUAUUGAUAUCGAAAUUGUUCAUGCGUGUAUUAUUGAUCCAUAUAUUCUAUUCACGGAUGCUAGAGGUAACAUCAAAAUUUAUCAACUAGACUCUAAAAAUAAAAAAAAAUUCAUCAAAUUUAAGCUUCCAGAGGCUCUCAAUGAAAUUAUCAUCACAUCUGGUUCCAUUUUCAAGAGUAACAUUUGCAACAAAUUCCUACAUGGAUUGGAAAACUCUUCACAAGAACAGCUUCUCUUCACAUUUGUAACGGGCGACAAUCAGGUUAUUUUCUUUACCGAAAAGCACAAUGACAGGAUAUUUCAGUUAAAUGGUGUCGAUCAGCUAGAAGACAUGCUUUUUAUAAGUACGUAUCAGAUUCCUGAAGAAAUGAACCCGGACCCAUCAAUAAAGCAAAUCAUGUUAAACAGAUUGGGCCAUCAUAAGAAAGAAGAAUUUCUAACUAUUCUUACGUUUGGUGGGGAGAUCUAUCAGUACAAGAAGUCGACAAAGCACAGCGGUAAACUCUUAAAAUGUAAAUCCCAUCCUCUAAUUACCGGUGCUCCUAACAAUGCAUACCCUCAAGGAGUUAAUAAAAUAGAAAGGGUUGCUCAUUACUUCCCUAACUACAAUGGAUAUUCAGUAGUAUUUAUUACUGGUCAAGUACCAUAUAUCAUAAUCAAAGAAGAUAAUUCGGUAUGUCGGAUAUUCCGGAUGACUAAUAUACCUAUUGUCACAAUGGCUAGGUGGGGUAAAAACUCUGUGAUGUGCGUAGAUAAUAUUAAAAAUGCAAGAGUAAUGAAAUUAGAUCCUGAAUGUUAUUAUGGGAAUACUCAGAUUCUUAGAAAAAUCAUUAUUGAAGAUGUUGUUGAGGAAUUUGAAACUUUAGGAAAUAUUGCGUACCAUGAACGGACCGGAAUGUAUAUCAUCUCCUAUACCAAAUUCAUCGAAUAUCAAGCUCUAAGUGAAGAUGGUGAGCCCCUUGUAGGUUACGAUCCAAGCAAACCAAAUAGUACUGGGUAUAAAUCUGGACUUCUUUUGAUCAAUCCACUCACGUGGAAUAUCAUUGAUCGGCUUGACUUGUCUGAGAAUUCCAUGGUAAACGACAUUAAAACCAUGCUCAUUCAGUUGAACUCAAAGACUAGAAGAAAGCGGGAGCUGGUCAUUAUCGGAAGUUCUUUUGUAAAAGAAGAAGAUCAGCCUAGCACUGGCUGUUUACUGGUUCUGGAUAUAACAGAAGUGGUGGCCGAACCAGGCAAACCAGAUAGUAAUUUCAAGUUUAAACAGCUCUUUGAAGAAGAAAUUCGCGGAUCUGUGAAUGCUGUAUGUGAAAUAAGUGGGAGAUUUAUGAUCGGCCAGAGCUCAAAAGCGCUUGUUCGUGAUAUGCAAGAAGAUAAUUCUGCUGUUCCCGUAGCGUUUUUGGAUAUGCCUGUGUUUAUUACCGAUGCAAAGAGUUUUUCUAACUUGAUGAUAAUAGGAGAUUCAAUGCAGGGAUUCACUUUUGUAGGUUUUGAUGCAGAGCCAUAUCGAAUGAUUGUAUUGGGUAAAAGUACCUCCAAAUUUCAAGUCAUGAACCUUGAGUUUUUGGUGAACAACGGGAAUAUCAAUUUUAUAGUCACUGAUCGACAAAACCACCUUCAUGUUCUAAGAUAUGCUCCAGAUGAAGCCAAUUCCCUAUCUGGCCAAAGACUGGUUCAUUGCAACUCCUUUAAUAUGUUCACAACCAACAACUACAUGAAACUUGUUAGAAAACAUGUGGAGUUUGGUUCUAAAACAUCUAAUUAUAUCGCACUGGGCUGCCAAACAGAUGGGUCUAUAUUCAGAAUGAUUCCCUUAAAUGAAGCUAGUUACAGACGAUUUUAUCUAGUUCAGCAACAACUGCUUGACCAUGAGAUCCCGUUGGCGGGUUUCAAUACAAAAAUGGAAAGGCUCGAUAACGAAUACUAUCAUAAAGGUCAUUCUUUAAGGCCAACACUUGACUCUCAAGUUUUAAAAAAAUACAUACACUUACCAAUUACUAAAAGGACAACCAUAGAAAAUAGGGUUGGCCGUCAUGCCAGCACUGAGUUAUGGCAUGACUUGAUAGAUAUCGAAUUUUCACUAAGAUCACUAACAAACUCAAAUUGA